AUGAACUAUCUCCACACCCAGGAAAUGGACUUCCUGAACUACAAUAUGGAAGACCUGUACAAGGAAAUUGGCAACUACAACGACAGCGUGGAUGCCACCUUGGAAAGUUACAUGUGCCCCACGGUCGAGGGGCCCCUCCUUACCUCCUUCAAGGCCCUGUUCAUGCCCUUGGCCUACGGCCUCAUCUUCUUCCUGGGCAUGGUGGGCAACAUUCUGGUACUGGUGAUCCUGGAGCGGCACCGGCAGACACGCAGCUCCACCGAGACCUUCCUGUUCCACCUGGCACUGGCAGACCUCCUAUUCGUCUUCAUCCUGCCCUUUGCUGUGGCCGAAGGCUUUCUGGGCUGGGUCCUGGGCACCUUCCUCUGCAAGAUUGUGAUUGCUCUGCACAAGAUCAACUUCUACUGCAGCAGCCUGCUCCUGGCCUGCAUCGCUGUGGACCGCUACCUGGCCAUCGUCCAUGCUGUCCACGCCUACCGCCACCGCCGCCUCCUCUCCAUCCACAUCACCUGCGCCACCAUCUGGCUGGCGGGCUUCUUCUUCGCCUUGCCAGAGAUCCUCUUCGCCAAGGUCAGCAGACCCCAUUUUAAUGACUCCCUGCCACACUGCACCUUUUCCCAGGAGACCAAAGCCGAAACCCACGCCUGGUUCAUCUCCCGCUUCUUCUACCAUGUUGGGGGGUUCCUGCUGCCAUUGCUGGUGAUGAGCUGGUGCUAUGUUGGGGUGGUGCACAGGCUGUGCCAGGCAUCUGCCAGGCGCCCUCAGCGGCAGAAGGCGGUCAGGGUGGCCAUCCUGGUGACGAGCAUCUUCUUUCUCUGCUGGUCACCCUACCACAUCGUCAUCUUCCUGGACACCCUCUCAAGGUUGAAUGUCUUGGGUAGUGGCUGUGAACUGAAUAGCUAUCUCGCUGUGGCCAUCACCAUGAGUGAGUUCCUGGGUGUCGCCCACUGCUGCCUCAAUCCCAUGCUCUACACGUUUGCCGGUGUGAAGUUCCGUAGUGACCUGUCACGGCUUCUGACCAAGCUGGGCUGCACCGGCCCCACCUCUCUUUGCCAGCUCUUUCCUGGUUGGCGCAAGAGCAGUCUCUCUGAAUCAGAGAAUGCCACCUCCCUCACCACCUUCUAG